CCCAUCUACCACAAACCCUGUAACCACAGAAUCACCUACCACUGAACCUUCCACCACAUACCCUCCUACCACAGAGCCUCCUAUCGCAACUACGGUCGCAACAACUGAAGCGUCGGCAACUGCCAUGACGACAACACAAGCCCCUACCACAGAGUCAGCUACUACACAGCCUGCAACAACUGUACCCCCUUCUACUGCUCCUUCUACUACUGUGAGUCCUACUACUGAAGCUCCUACUACAGCCAGCCCAACUACUGAAGCUCCUACUACAGCCAGCCCAACUACUGAGGCUCCUACUACUGAAGCUCCUACUACUGAAGCCCCUACUACGGCCAGUCCAACUACUGAAGCUCCUACUACUGAAGCCCCUACUACUGCCAGCCCAACUACUAAAGCUCCUACUACGGACAGUCCAACUACUGAAGCUCCUACUACGGCCAGUCCAACUACUGAAGCUCCCACUACGGACAGUCCAACUACUGAAGCUCCCACUACGGCCAGUCCAACUACUGAAGCUCCUACUACGGACAGUCCAACUACUGAAGCUCCUACUACUGCCAGUCCAACUACUGAAGCUCCUACUACUGCCAGUCCAACUACUGAAGCUCCUACUACGGACAGUCCAACUACUGAAGCUCCAACUACGGAAAGUCCAACUACUGAAGCUCCAACUACUGGCGCUCCAACUACGGAAGCUCCUACUACUGCCAGUCCAACUACUGAAGCUCCUACUACGGGCACUCCUACUACAGCCAGUCCAACUACUGAAGCUCCUACUACGGCCAGCCCAACUACUGAAGCUCCUACUACUGACGCUCCUACUACUGAAGCUCCCACUACGGCCAGUCCAACUACUGAAGCUCCUACUACGGCCAGCCCAACUACUGAAGCUCCGACUACGGCCAGUCCAACUACUGAAGCUCCUACUACGGCAGGUCCGACUACUGAAGCUCCUACUACAGCCAUUUCUACUACUCAAGCUCUUACUACAGCCAGUGUAACUACGGAAGCUCCUACCACAGCACCUGUCACUACCAAACCAGUGACAAGCGUACCACCUUCCACUUCUGCUCAAACUACUGACUCUCCCACCACAGUCAUGUCAACUACUGAGGCUCCCACCACAGAAUCUCAAACUACCAAACAUGUAACAACCGCGGUUCCAACAACGGAAUCACCUACGACAAGCAGUUCAACUACCCAGGCUGUUACCACAGAUUCAGCUACAACUCAGCCUACAACGACUGCACCGCAUUCCACGGCAGGAGCAACAACAGAGUCUCCCACUACAGCCGUCCCAACUACAGAGGCACCUACCACGGAAUCUCCAACUACCGAAACAGCAACAACUGCCCGUCCAACAACGGAGUCCCAUACUACAGCUAGUCUGACAACUGAGCCUCCCACCACGGAAUCACCAACAACCAAAUCUCCCACCACAGCCAUUCCAACUACCCAGGCCCUUACCACGGAGCAUCCAACGACCAGAGCCGCUACAACGGAAUCACCAACGACGGCCGCUGCAACUACUGAUGCUCCUACCACUGAGUCCCUAACCACGAAACCAGCAACGACCGCACCCUCUUCCACUGCAGCUCCAACUACUGUGUUGUCCACCACAGCAAGUCCAACAACUGAAGCUCCCACGACGGAGACCCCAACCUCAAAACCUGCGACGACUGUGCCGCCUUCCACUGCAGUUAAGACAACCGAACCCUCUACUACAGCCAGCCCAACUACUACAGAAACAACAGUCAGAACAACUGAGCGAUCUACCACGACCACCAAGCCAGCAACAACUGCUGUUUCAACUACGGAAUCACUUACUACUCAGGCACCUACUACAGAGUCUCCAACUACAAAAGCUGCAACAACUCUACCGCAUUCAACUACAACGGACUCAGUCAGUCCGACUACCCAGGCCCGCACCACAACCACGAAGCCUGUAUCAACUGUACAAACUACCGAAUCUCCAACAACGGUACGUCCUACUACCCAGGCUGCUACCACAGCAACAUCCUCAACCGCAGCUCACACCACCCCAUCGCAGACUACAGCCCGGACUACUUUGACGUCACAACAGUCCACCAUUAGAUCGACUGCUCAACAUACAACAAAUGCAGCAACGAGUACCGAGCAAGACAACUCAACUACAACAGCAGUGCCUACUACAUUGACGACGUUAGCGUCAACAACAAGAAGAGGAGGAGUGCCUGCAUUUGUCUCCGACCUGGUGAAGUCCAAAAUCAGGAUCACGAACAAAGUCUUCCAGUCGGAGUUUGCAGACAAAACCUCCGAGGAGUACCUGAACAUAACCGGGUCUAUAAAGACAGUGUUGACCGAUUUUCAUCAGAGAGCUUUGGGCUCCAAUUUCCAAAGUGUGGAGAUCCUUGGACUCCUCAAUGGCAGCCUGCUCGUCGACUACGUCGUGCACGUCAUACUGGACAGCGGGGUGACUCCGCAGGAGGUGAAGGAGACCCUUACUGACGAGCUGCAGGCAGUCAGCUACACCAGUGGGGGCUUUGACUUUGAUAGUUCAAUCAUUGUUUCAGACCUUGAUGAGUGCGCGUCAUCUGAUCGGAACGACUGCGGGGAACUGUCCACGUGCACCAACACGGACGGGUCGUACUUCUGCUCCUGUCAGGAAGGGUAUCGCUUCGUCUUCCAAGCUGGGAAGAAGGAUGGGAAUGUGUGUGGUGAGUGCAGGUCUUUUGUUGUUUGUAAUUCCAUUCUCAGGUUAUGCGGUAUGCCUUGUUUCCAUCGGAAGACAAGCUGCUUCACGCUUCCACGAUUGGUAGAAAGAGCCUGAUAAGCGCAAGGGACAUACGA